CACAUUUAUAUGCAUACACGCAAACGCAAUGAAUGCCGGCUGAUGUAACUGAAACUCGUGUCGUGUUUUAUGUUGGUUUUAUUUAACUAAUGUCGCUUGUGUUGUGUUGAUCUGGAUAACAUCUGCAACUUGUAUUGUGUACUUAUCAUUUAUAGACUCGCACAAACGAACGAACAAAAAACGAAAUAAAAUAUGCUCUCACGUCUGCAAUGGUUGAAGGCGUUGCCGCGCCCACUUCGAGUGCUGCCUGGGCAAACGGCUGGACGAUGCUUUAAGUCAACUCAAGUCACACUCAACGAGGGCAAGAGAGGCCCCAGUGCGGAAUCAAAACUGGCACUAGACGGCGAUUUGCCCCAUAUUAUGGGGGAUCGCAAAUAUAAAUAUAGCGAAGGCCAGGUGUAUCACGGCUUCCAGUGCGAACGCAUCGAAUAUAUACCCGACUUUGAGCUGGUCUCGUGUACGCUGCGGCAUUUGGGCACGGGGACGGAGCUUUGGUAUAUCGAUCGGAAUGAUACGAAUAAUGUAUUUUCCAUUAAUUUCCGUACCACUCCAUUCGAUUCGACGGGGCUGCCGCAUAUAUUGGAGCAUCUCGCAUUAUGUGGCUCCAAGAACUUCCCCGUUCGUGAUCCAUUCUUCAAAAUGCUAAAUCGUUCGGUUGCUACGUUCAUGAAUGCCAUGACUGGACCGGACUAUACGUUAUAUCCAUUCUCAACCAUGAACGAGGUGGACUUUAGGAACCUGCAAAAGAUUUACUUGGAUGCGGUAUUUAGGCCAAAUUUAGCUUACUUGGACUUUUUGCAAGAGGGCUGGCGUCUGGAGCACAAGGAAUUGAACAAUCGCGACUCUGAGCUGGUUAUUAAAGGCGUUGUCUACAACGAAAUGAAGGGAGCUUUCUCGGAGAAUUCGCAGGUGUUCAUACAAAAUCUGCUUAACAAUAUGCUGCCAGAUCACACGUAUGGCUACGUGUCUGGCGGCAAUCCACUGGAGAUUCCCAAAUUGACGCACACGGAUUUGGUUAAAUUCCAUCAGAAAUACUACCAUCCAAGCAAUGCGCGCAUGUUCUGCUAUGGAUCAUUUGACUUGUUGAAAACGCUGGCAUUUGUCGAUAGUGAAUAUUUGUCCCAGCAUUCGCGCAUAGAUAAUUCCUAUAGCCGAAUACCAAAUCAAAGGCCUUGGUCACAGCCACGCAACGUACACAUUCCCAGUCGACUGGAUAACAUGGGCGCCACCUUCGAUAGACAGAACCAGAUAGCUAUUGCGCUGCUGAUGUGCGAUUCGACGGAUAUACAGGAGAGCUUUGAAUUGAAUGUCUUAUCCGACUUAUUGAUUCGUGGCCCUAACUCCGCUUUCUAUAAGAGCUUAAUAGAACCAAAUUUCUCCGGAGGCUACAAUCAGAGCACGGGCUUUUCCUCGGAUUGCAGGGACACAUACUUUGUCGUGGGCCUGCAAGACCUAAGGGUUGAGGACUUUAAGAGAUUCAACGAACUUUUUGAUCAGACUGUGCAAAAAACCAUCGAAGAAGGCUUUGAGGCUCAGCACAUUGAGAGCAUUCUGCACAACUUGGAAUUGUCGCUGAAGCAUCAGAGCCCCCACUUUGGCAAUGCCCUGUUGUUUAACUCGACGUCUCUGUGGAAUCACGAUGGUGAUAUUGUGAGCAGCUUACGGGUGUCGGAGAUGAUAUCCCAGCUACGUUGCUGCCUCAAAGAGAACAAAAACUAUCUCCAGCAGAAAAUGGAGAAGUACUUUGCAAAUAAUACUCAUAAGCUUACGCUAACAAUGUCGCCGGACGAAAUGUAUGAGGAGAACUUCAAGCAGGCUGAGGCCGAGAUGCUAAGACAGAAAGUGAGCGCACUCGACUCCAAGAAGCGCAAAGAAAUAUAUACGAAUGGCCUCAAACUGGAGGCCUCUCAAAAGGCCAAGGAGUGCACCGAUGUCUUGCCGUGCCUAACGCUGAGCGAUGUCAAGGAGCCGCCCAAGCUACCAACGAUUGAGACGAAAACCAUUGUUGACGUUCCCACGCAACUGUGCAAAGUGCCCACCAAUGAGAUUUCCUACCUUAAGUGCCUGUUCAAUAUAACAGGGCUGACUCGAGAUGAACUCAUGCUUAUCCCGCUAUUCAGUAAUGUCAUUGACGAUAUGGGCACCAAAAACCACAAUUUCCGUGACUUCGACAAGCUCAUUCUGUCGAAAACGGCGGGCAUUGACUUUAAGUUGAACUUUGUUGAGAGUGUAAAGGAUGCCAAGUCGUAUCAGUUGGGCCUGAUGAUGACGACGCACGCGCUGGAUAAGAAUGUGAAGGAUAUGUUUGGGCUGUGCGAAGAGCUGCUCCUCAACUACAAGCUAGACGACACGGAUCGCCUGAAGAUGCUGAUUGAAAACUACAUUUCUAAUAUAUCAGUCGGAAUCGCCAGCUCCGGUCACUUGUACGCCAUGUUAAGCGCCGCUGCGUUGGUCAGCGAUGCUGCCAAACUGAAAUCCCUGUUGUCCGGCGUUGAUCACAUCGACUUCAUGAAGAAGUAUGUGGAGCAGAACAGCACAGAGGAUAUCCGUGACAGAUUAAAGGCUAUCGGAGCGAAGGUGUUCAGCAAGAGUAACAUGCGAGUGGCCAUCAAUACCUCGGAGGCUUUUCAACCAACCGCCCUGGAACACUACCAGAACUUCCUGCAGAAGCUGCCCACGCUCAAGGAUAUGAAUAAGAGCAAUGAACUGAAACUGUUGGAGCCAAGUUUUCAGCACUAUGUCAUGAAUAUUCCUGUCAACUACUGCGCCAAGUCGUUCUUCGCAGUGCCAUACUUGCAUGAGGAUCAUCCGGUGCUGCGCGUGCUGGCAAAGCUCGUCUCGGCCAAGUAUCUGCUGCCCGUGGUGCGGGAGCAGAAUGGAGCUUACGGCGCUGGUGCGAAAAUAGGCUCAGAUGGCAUAUUUGCGUUCUUCAGUUAUCGCGAUCCGCACUCCACGAAGACACUGGACGCCUUCGAUAGGACCUACGAUUGGCUGCUGGCGGAGAGCAAUAAGCUCGAUCAGCAAACGCUCUUCGAGGCAAAGCUGGGUGUGCUGCAGCAGCUGGACUCGCCCACAGCGCCUGGAAACAUCGGCAUCGACUUCUUCCUCUACGGCGUGUCGCAGGAGAUGUUUGUGAAGUAUCGAUCCCGCGUGCUGUCUGUAACACUUGACGAACUGCAAGCCGUCAUCGACAAGUACUUCAAGGAGGAGCCCCAACACGUUGGCAAAUGUAUUCUAGGACCUGCAAACGAGAACCUAGAGCAGGAAACUAAACUGAAAUGGAAGAUCAUAUCCUAAAUGUGGCGCAUUGCAAUUCGAUAAAUCUGACUGUAUAUAUAUUAUAGAUAACCAUAAGCUACAGUUGUUCUAUUUCUACUUUAUAUACUUUGUUUCCCUUGUGUAAGUUUUGCGAAGGCAGUUGAUUCUGUAUGUUAACGAUAAUUAAAGCAAGUUGUCUUUGUUAAA